AUGACCGGUACUAAGCCAAUCAAGCCAACCAAACUAACCAUGGUAAGUAGCAUUUGCGCCAUCUGCUUGGAUGCGAUUGACAAAUCUAUAGCAAAAUUAGAACCUUGCAAUCACAAAUAUCAUAUCGAUUGUAUAAGAACAUGGCAUAAUUACUCAAACGACUUAAAUUGUCCAACAUGUAGAAUUGAAACAAAUCAACUUAGUGUAAACAUUUAUCCUGAAAUACAAUCACCUCCUGUUAAAAUAACUUUAAAAACAGGAUUUAAUAUUAACAAAAUUGAGGAAUAUUGUGAGUUAAUUAGACGUCAACCAAUGCAUGGGACCACGGGAAUACGAAGAAAUGAUUACCAUCCCUUGCUGAAUGAAGAAGAGAGUGUUAUCUAUGAGGCUAUUUCAGAUGAAUUUGAAGAAAAUUACGAUAGUGAUAUGGAAAACGAUUUCGAUAACAGUGAUUUAAGAGUUGCUGAGCUAAAUGAAUCUUUUGGCAAUAUUUUGAAUAUUAAUGAUGACAAUGAAGCUAACAAUAACCCAGAAGAACUGAUAGGAACCUUUAUAACAAAACAAAACGAUUUAACGCCUUCAAAAAAACAGAAACAAAUAUUGCAAUGCAGUAUAUGUGGUGAAACAAAUCAAGAAAUAAACAUCUGCUGUCAAGUUUGUAAGAUCAUAUACCAUGACAGUUGUUUGAGAUCAUUGGCAUUAGAGACUAAUGAGCCUGCGACUUGGAUGAACUGUAUUCAAUGCUUUGAAUCAGUAACAGCAUUUAAAAUGCCUAAAAUAAAAGAUGAUAACGUAUUCACUUUUAAUUCGGAUGAAAUAAUGAUAUAUAAUGGGCAAAUAAGAGAUAUAAAUAGUGUAUUGUCACAACAAUUAUAUGAACAGACUAAGGUGAAAUCUUUAGAGCAACUACGAAUAGCAAAGACACAAAUACAAUCUCAUGUAAGAAAAGCACUGCAUGAACUGAAUAAAAACGCAACUACUAGUGUUGACAAAAUAGGAAUAAAUGAUUUUACUAAGAUAAAUAAGAAGGUUUCAAGGGAACUAUAUAAAAUAUCUGACUAUGAAUACAAAAGUGAUGACAUAGACUACGACUCCGAAGCCAUGAGAUUAGUCUUGAUUGAAUUGGUUAAUUUAGGUUAUAUGAAUCAUUUAUAA